AGCCGGACACUCCCCGCCGCUCUAUCAUUGUGCUGUGCCUGUCUCCGGGAUAACACUGCGAGCCUCCAUCCCACCAGCCAGCAAGCAUGUCUGCGGGAGAAGAAGCGGCCCCUGCCCAGCCCCAGAAGGCUGAGGAGCAGCAGAAGCCUGAGGAGACCCAGGCGGAGGAGCAGCAGCAGAAGAAGGACGAGGCUCCGGCGGCGGCGGCUGCUGAGGAGGAGAAGAAGCCGGAGGAGGAGGCAGCGGCACCAGCGGAGCCCCCGCAGCCCGAAGUCACCUACAAGUCGCUGGUCCUGACCGCACACGGCGGCUAUGACAAAGUCAAGCUGCAGACCAAGAAGGGGCAGCCCAAGCCCAAGGCCGGGGAGCUGCUCGUCAGGGUCCGAGCCUGCGGCUUGAACUUUUCCGACCUGCUGGCCAGACAAGGGGUGUGCGACCGCCUGCCCUCCAUGCCAGUCUCCCUGGGCAUGGAGUGCGCGGGCAUCGUGGAGGAGCUGGGAGAAGGGGUGACUGACAGGCAGGUUGGAGACAAGGUGAUGGUCCUCAACCGGUAUGGCUUAUGGCAAGAACUGGUCACUGUGCCAGUUAAUCGCACCUUCAUCAUGCCAGAAGGAAUGAGCUUUGAAGAAGGUGCAGCCUUUCUGAUAAACUACAUCACUGCCUAUAUGAUUAUAUUCCACUUUGGGAACCUUAGACCAAAACAGAGCAUCCUCAUUCACAUGGCUGCAGGUGGUGUUGGUACCGCGGCCAUUCAGCUCUGUAAAACCGUGAAAGAAGUCACAAUAUUUGGGACUGCAUCUGCAUCCAAGCAUGAGGCACUUAAAGAGAAUGGAGUUACUCACCCGAUUGAUUAUAGGGCAAGCGACUAUGUUGAUGAAGUUCGGAAGAUUUCCCCUAAAGGUGUAGACAUUGUCUUGGACCCCCUGGGAGGAUCUGAUACUUGUAAAGGAUACAACUUAUUGAAGCCUAUGGGGAGACUGGUCAUUUAUGGGGCUGCCAACUUGUUGACUGGACAAAAGAAGAACAUAAUGGCUCUUGCCAAGUCUUGGUGGAACCAGUUCAGCAUAAACGCCAUGCAACUCAUUGCAUCAAACAAAGCUGUAUGUGGCUAUCUUCUGGGCCGUCUGGAUGAAGAAACCGAGCUGCUGGAAGAUGUUGUAGCUACACUGCUUGAUCUCUAUAAGGAGGGGCAGAUCAAGCCGAAAAUUGACAGUGUAUAUCCCUUUGAGCAGGUGGGUGAUGCCAUGAGACAGAUGCAAGAAAAGAAAAAUGUUGGUAAAGUGAUCUUGGUUCCUGAAGUGCCAAAGGAAGAGGCAAAGAAGGAAGAGAAUUAAAGGGAUGAGCUGCAGAAAGGAGCACCAAACCCUGCAGAUUGUGAAAACUGUGUCCUACUAAUGUAUGUGUGUGUGUUUGGGGGGUGAGUGUCCUGACUGAGCCCUACUGUAAGAUGAUGUAUAACCACUUUCUUGCCAUGAGAUGCCAUUCUGGCAUUUGGCAGUGAGCAGAUUACACCUUCAUGCCCAUAGAAUGCCGGGGUAUGCAUUCUGAAAAAUCUCCUUGAUGAAUUCUGUAAACUGCAGAAUAUUUAGCAAAGGGAAUCCUAAGCAGUGCUGCAAGGACUUUCUGAUUUGAUUUAAUCUGCUGCAGUUCUGAUUUUUCAGAAGGAGAAUUUUUCAUUGUGUUCCUUUCAGGUCUAUAGACAAUAACAUUCCAGGUAUUGGGUGGUGGUCUUGCUGAGGGGGCGGUUAAUUAUUAUUUUUUUUCUAUUUUGUUUCCACCGUCCAUUUUCUAGGUCACUCCAUAUUGUAACUUGCUUAACUCUUUGUUCAACCUGUGGUCACUAUCCUGUUUCAUUUGACAAAUAAAUGUAAUCCCCUUGUUCUGCCAUUACCACUAACUUGUUUCUUUGCAACAAGAGAACAUCAGAGUAUUUAAUCAUGGAACAAGUUAUGAGUUUCUAUAGAAACCUUCACUCGUCAUUUGACUUCAUGAUUUGUAACCACAUGACUCUUCUUUUCAGUGGUUACCAACCAUAUCUAAAAUUUACAGAAGUCUCCUAACAGACUAUAGCUCCCAUAUGUCCUGGUGCACAAAAUUUGUAUCAAAUUAGCUCAGACUAGAUUCUAGCAGAAACUGUAGCAAUUUCCAUAUACUAAGCUUUGGUAACUUAUGGCCUCUUGGCCAACAUAAUUUCAUCUAUUAAAGACUAGAUGAAUGUUGGGAAGCUUUAAUGUCUGUGCUGAGGACAAACUCAAGUUGUAGGUUAGAUCCCGUAGGCAUUACUUUCAUAACGAUUAAGUAUGGAAUGGCACGUUGUAGAAGGUUAAAACCUUAGUUAGUUUUUUUGGUUUUCCUAUAGCAUCUCCUUCAUGGUGCUACUACCAACCUACACUGCCUUGCAGGAAGAAUAUAUGAAAGGUGACUGACUAGAAUAUGAGUUUGUACAAGCAUUUGCUGGAGGUUAACUUGAAAUUGGGAGUAGGUAAUUGUGCCCUUGCCAUGCAGUGGUUCAGUAGAAGAUCUGAUUUCCUGCAUGAGGGGGAUUUAUUGUGGAAGUUAUUUUGAGCCUGACCUCAAGAAUAAGCAGCUUUAUCAAUUUUUUUUGCUGGAAACUGCUACCUCAGGUGUCAGGAGCUCCUUGAUUCACUUCAGCACAUGCCUCUGUCCAGCGUGCAGUAGUAACCCUUCAUGGAUCUGUCUCUCUGCAAACCAGACCAGUUUUACUGGGCUUCAGAAAAAGACUGAGCUUUUUUUCCCCCUUUCCUUUUCUUACACAUUGGCUAUAAAGUGAAUGAUUCCAUUAGGGUGUUGCUACAGUUUAGUGUGCUUCACUGAGCUUUUCUUUUUUGGAGCAUUUUUGUGGUGUUUGUGCACUUUACAUUUUUAUUUUUUUUGUUCCAAGCAGAGCAAAAAAUAAAAAUCAAUCGGUGGCUAAGGGACAAAAUUCUGCAUUUUCUGUGUGGCAAUUUCGAAAGAAUGUAACUGACCCAAAAAGCACACCUCAAAUGUCAAACACCAAAACCUGUAGUGCAUUUAAUAUUUCCCAUAGACUUCCAUGUAGCAUCUAGAGCUGGUGUUUAGAUGAAAACACUACAAAAAUGUCUGCCAAAAAAUGCCAAAAUAACCUGUGACACCAGCCUAAUGGAUACCUAAAAGUAAUGCUCCCAAGUAAAUUAGUUGAAGAUACUGAGGAGUGUUUCAUUGUAUUUGCUGAAACCUAGCUUAUCCCAUGUACCUUGGACCUCAUAUUUAUCUCUUCUGUGCUAAACCCAGAAGGCCAUUGAUACUCACUGGUUGCCUUAUUUUUGAGUGUAUUCCUUAACACCAAGGUUUUACUAGGACCACUGCCAGUUGUUUACCAACAUACCAAUGUGCCAAUCUACCACUAUGGUGCCAAUACUAUUAAUACUAAUACUAACUUGUGAAUAUUAUAUAUUAACAUUCUGUUUGUAAACUUUGGAUAGAUGUGGAUCAGUAACUAUAAGUGCACACGUUCCUCUGUAUCCUUGACUUUCAGCUUGAUUAAAGCACUUGC